CAGGAAAAAAGGAAGGACAUUGUAAAUUCAUUCUGUUAAUAUUAAUAUUUAUUUUGUUUUAAAGGUAUAAGAAGAUGGAGCCAUGCAUUACUCGAUCACCAAAUGCGAACAUAGACGAGCACCUGAAGCCAUUCCCUGAGAGACUGAAUUCUGUUCCCCCGAGAAUUGCUAGUGGAUUAAUUUCAGGAGUGUCAGCGGAGGAAUACCGAGAAGACAAGAAAAUGUGGAAGAAACAUGUGAGUGCUUAUAAAAGAAUCAACAAAAUCCUUGAUUCCGGAAGGUAUCGUAACAUAAUGGAUAUGAAUGCCGGAUUGGGAGGUUUUGGUGCAGAGCUUACAUCUCCAAAGAUGUGGGUUAUGAAUGUUGUGCCCACAAUAGCUGAGAAGAACACUUUGGGUGUUAUAUAUGAACGUGGAAUGAUUGGCAUCUACCAUGACUGGUGUGAAGCCUUCUCCACGUAUCCGAGGACCUAUGAUCUGAUUCAUGCUAAUGGAAUCUUCAGCUUAUACAAGAAUAAGUGUGAAUAUGAAGACAUUCUUAUAGAGAUGGAUAGGAUCUUGCGGCCAGAAGGGGCGGUGAUCAUCAGGGACGAAGUCGACGUGCUUGUAAAGGUGAAGAAGAUAAUCGGUGGCAUGCGGUGGGACUUCAAAUUGAUAGAUCACGAAGACGGUCCCCUCAUCCUUGAGAAAAUCCUUGUUGCAGUCAAACAGUAUUGGACUGUGGGUGGGACCAACUCUACUAUUAGUGUAACACAAUGAGGAAAAAGGAAGGAGGAGGUUGGCAGCCCUUUGAGCAGCUAGAAAGACAGAGGGGGGUGAUUAUUCAAGCAGUUUGAUGGUAAAAUCCCCUUCCAUUCGUUUUUACCACACGAAGCUUUGCUCCACAAGGGGAUUCGUUCGUCAAUGGAGCACGCGGGCUAUGGUGGUGUAAUUUAUUUAUAUCUUCUCUUCUGUUUGCUCCGGAAAAUAUGGAGAUGAAAAAGUUAGGUUUGUAACAUUUACUACGAUUAUGUUGUUUUUUUUGUUCUUCUUCUUCCCCUUUUGAGCGAAACCGUCUUCGAUUUCAUGCCAAAAAAAAUGAAGCCUUUGUGAUUUCAGUGAAAUGUUUGAGUGCCCUUUUAUUUCUUCAAGGAUUGUGCCUCCAUGUCUCUCUUAUCAGUUAUCCCAUUACCAAGAGACUUGAGGAGGACAUUUGUUCUUACUAUUUCUCUAUAAUAAAGUGCUUACAUUACA